GUUUGGUUUUAAAGCAUUUUCCCUUUGGAGCUACUCUGAGUUGGUUUUUUUUAGGUGUGAGGCGCAAAAUCGAAUUUGGCAUCCAGAGGAAAGAGACGAAGGCUGCUCCAAUGGCUGAUCCUGAACUAGAAGCUAUUAGACAGAGGAGGAUGCAAGAGCUGAUGGCUCGACAUGGAACGGGGAAGCAAGGCACUCAGCAGAAUCCAGAUCAAGAGAGAGCACAAGAAGAUGCCAAAAGGGAAGCUGAUGAACGUAGACAAAUGAUGCUUAGUCAAAUACUGUCUUCCCAAGCCCGAGAGAGAAUUGCUCGAAUUGCCCUGGUGAAACCUGAGAAAGCUAGAGGUGUAGAGGAUGUUAUUUUGAGGGCUGCUCAAAUGGGACAGAUAGUUGAGAAGGUUUCUGAGGAGCGGCUUAUAACGCUGUUGGAACAAAUAAAUAGCCAAACUACCAAACAGACAAAAGUCACGAUCCAGAGGCGCCGUGGGGUGGACGACGAUUAGGAAGAAGAAGGUUAUCCUGUGCUCUGUAUAUCUAUGGAUGUCACACUGUUGAGUUGGUGCGUUCGCUAAGAUCUACUUAAAUUGUCACUGUGAAAUAUGUUUAUUGUUAGUGAAUCUUGAUGAUCUUCCAAAUGCUUGGAAUGCGAUAAAAGUAAGAAAUCUGAAACUGAAAUUCUGCAUUUUAUAUUUUUUUGUUAUUUCCUCUGUGAACCAUCUCUUACUCUAGCUUCAUCACCUCGCAUUGGCUUUUGUGGUUUGAAUAUUGUAAGAAAGAAAAUAUGGUUCUGUUCUAAUAUCUACUACUUCUCAUA